CCUAACAGUUAGUUAUCCUGUAGCCAGUGUCUAGGGAACAACUAGUCCUUGACGACUCCUCCUGCAGGCGUCUGGCGCGACUUCGACUACACGCUGAGGCCUCGGAAGUGUGCUCUCUGCACUAUGAAUCGUUCAUUUUAUUUUUUGCUAUUCACAGUGUUCUCGGAAGGGAAUUAAAUUUCUGCGGCGAGAUAUUAACAUGUCAGAUUCUUGGAACUAUGUUUGGUUGGAGAAAAGUUGAAAACUGAGUUACUAGGUGAUCCUAACUAGACAAAACGCACCUGUCGAACUCCCUGUGGCAAUGAUGACUGCUCUCUGCCGGGCCCUUCUGAGGACCUAUGCGUUCAUUCUUAUUACUUUCAUCCUUCCCAGUAGCCUUCUUCAGACAGUCAAUGAACCUCACCCCGGAACUAGCACCUGUUUCUCAUUCGCUAACACAACGUCGUCCAAGGAAGAUGAGGUGAUCAGGCCGUUGUUACAUACGGCUGGAGUCCAACAGCACGACGGUGAGACGAAGAACUACAGCGGCUGGCGUCUCUUGCAGGUGUUUGUCCCUGCAGGGGACGAGGUGGCGGGGCUGCUGGAGGCGCUGGAGGCCAGCGGGCAGGUGGUGGUGCUGGGAACCUUAAUGGAGAGAUCACGGGUAGUGGUAGAGGUAGCAGUGGGUCCACAUGUCAGCCUGGAACAUUUGUUGUCAACAUCCAGGAACACCUCACGUCCACCUCCCCGCCUUCAGCACGGCCGCCACCACAACAAACACAGGCAUUCCGUUAUCGACGAAGGCUCAGUAGAAGGAGCAGAAGCAGGUGCUGUCAGAGGAGCAACACAAGAGGGAGGACGUGAGAGACGGGCCCUGCUGGAGGGGGUGCUGGGGUGGAAGACGCUGCUGGAGGACAUUGGUGAAUCGGUGUUUGCUUCCUCCAGGCGGCACCUCACCGGCCACGAGCACCUGGCGUGGGACAACUACUACCGCUACUCCAGCAUCGCCACCUUCGCCCGAGGGCUGGCCCAGCAGCACCGGACUGUGGAGUGUCUGGAGGUGGGCCGCACCUUUGAGGGCCGGCCGCUCCUGGCACUCAUCAUCGCUACCAACGCAAGGCAGAUGGCCCGAGACUACCACAGGAAGGUACUGGGCGUCCGUAGACAUAACGCCAGGGACAGACUCAACGCCCGGCAGCCUCAGACCACACACAACAACGGUCCGAAAGAGGAGCGCCGUGAUGAGAGUAAGAAGGGGAAGAAAAAGAAUACUAAAGACGUUGGCUUGGUUAGUGGUGGCACGACAGGAGAGAGAAAGGUCGUGCCUAGUGAGAUAAUACUAAAGAAAACAUCGUCUGGGAAGCCUAUCAGUAGGAAAAAUAAGAUAAAUAAAGCCGAUUCGCAAAGACUAAAGCUAGAAGAUGGUCGUUUGGACAAAAAAAGAUCUAGGAAAAAUAAUGCUGAGAAAUGGAGAUUGAGGAAGAAAAGGAUGGCUCGAAAAAGGAGGACAAAAACCAAUAGAUGGGUAGAAGUACUUUCUGAAGGGAUAUUUCCAAUGGAGGAUUUGGGAACCAAGCCCCAAGCGGAGGCUGGCUGGACCGGGCCCCAGGCGGCGGCUGAGAGGACUAAACCAGAGCGGGAAACUAGAAGGACCAAACCACGAGCGAAGGCACGGAAGACCAAACCUGUUAUUCUCAUUGAAGCUGGAGCCCACGCCCGCGAGUGGACGUCGCCAGCGGUAGCGACGUACUUGGCACAACAGCUGGCUGACGCAGGUAAGAUGUUCCUCAAGCAUGUCAGCUUUAUUAUUGUUCCGGCCAUGAACCCAGACGGCUACGAGUUCUCCAUCACCACCGACCGUCUGUGGCGCAAGAACCGACGGCCCAUCGACGCCAGCUGCGUUGGCGUUGAUCUCAACCGGAACUGGGACACAGUGUGGGAUUUGGGAGCCGGCGCCAGUGACCUCUCAUGUUCCUACAUAUACCGCGGCGAGCGUGCCUUCUCCGAGAUAGAGACGCGGAGCCUUGCAGACCUCGCCAAGACCUUCCGGAAAUCGCUGACGAUGUUUGUGAGCCUCCACAGUUUCGGAGAGUUCGUUCUCUACCCCUGGGGCUACACCAUGGACAGGUCUGACAUGAGUACUUAUCUCAGGUAUUUGGCCAAGAGGAUCACUCGACUGUUAAAUAAGAAUGGUACGGCGCACUUUAGGUAUGGCCAGAGCUCCCGCAUGAUGUACCUGGCCUCGGGCACCUCAGACGACUACAUGCACAGUCUCGGUGUCCCCUUCGCUUACACCAUUGAGCUUCCAAGGGACGACUUCAUCCUCCCGCCCCAGGACAUAAUACCCCUGGCCGAGGACCUGUGGAACACUCUGGUGUGCACGGCCGGGCACCUGGUGGGGUCCCGAGACGCCCAGAACCUCUGCAAGAAGAGGAUAGUGAGAACUUACGGUAAAGGUAACAAGACCCUGAAGGGUUGGGUGCACAAGAAGGUGCCUCUGGCUCAGGCUGAGGAAAUGGUAAGAAGACAACAUACAGCGAAGAGAGAUUAGUUGUUAAAGGAGAGGAGCGUCGACUAUGAAGCCUCGUCGAAGAGGUUCAGUUCCCAUAGACAAGAUACGUGAUAAAUAGCGAAAGAACACGGCGAUUUUUUUUUUUUAAGUUGCUGACUAAUUAGGCCUAUUGUAAAAAUAAUGAUGUUGGGUUGCAAAUGAGAACGAGAGCGAAGGAAGGCAAGGUCAGCCAACAAGCUGAUAUUCCCUCACAAAGGUGUCACAGACGACCAGAACCUUUAAAGAAACGAUAAUAAGAAAUAACGCUAUUGAAUUCAAAUGCAUAUGUUUACACUUAACUCCGAAACUUGAACAAUACUGAAACUUUAAGUCAAUUGCACACAGAAAUCACAAUAUCGUGAUGCAUCAAAUGAACAAAUCCACAAGGUUCGAACCCUCAUCACGGCCCUUGUGGAUUUGUUCAUUAAAGUCAAUUGUUUUCUGUUAUGCUUUAGGCCUACUGAUGUGCUUUAGGCCUACUGUUGUGCUUUAGAGAGUGCUAUUAAAGCCGUGACAUUAACUUGUUUACCACCCAGCGAGUAUACCUUAACCCACAACAUUGUCCAAGACUAGAGUAAACUCUCAGUGUAUUCCAUUAACCUGGGCUCUAGCAGACUCGAACCGUGGACCCCAGACGUGUGUGAGGCCGAAGCUCUCUCGACCGAGCUAUUGAGUGGCCUUAAUAAGGAAAGACUCCAGACGCAGCAUCCUGCUACCAAACUGAAAUUUGUAUAACUCUCAAUGAAUAUACACUGAGAAAUGGGGUAUACCCAUCGGUGUAUAUAUAUAUAUUCGUUGCAAGUAUACUUCCAGCCCUGAAUACUGUCCAGGACUUAACGUCUCUUUUAUCCAGUGUUGUACCUGUGCCACAGGCGAUAUUCUGUAUACAAUUUUUUCCCAUCUAAAUUUAUUUUAAUCCUUCGAAACUCUUCAAACGUAAUUUGUAAAGUAAUUAUUAUAGUUUCUUGUUAUGUUCAGUUGUUGACAUUUAGUUAUGUUGUAAUAUAACUUUGUGAUUGGCUACAAAAAUACACAUGAUUAUUUUCUUCAA